UAAAAUUUCUUUAUUAACUUUUUAAACGUUUUUGAAUACAUAUACACAAUCUACAGAAAGCUUAGCAGCAAUCGCUAACACCAAAAAGUAACACUAAAUGAUGUUUUUGCCCACCUUGUUACGACAUGGCACCAUGAAACAGUCUCACAGAAUGAUUAUUAUUCACUGAAGAGGUGGGCUGGACACACACUCUCUGUGUCCUGUAUAUGACAGUCACCAUAGAUACCUGCUGCAAGCUUUCCUUCAACAGCACUGCCUGCUCAAUAAGGAAGCUGAGUGUGUAUAUAGAAAAAACAAGGAGGAAAAACAACCGUAACCAAACAUACAAAAGGGCAGGACAAUGUGCAGUUGAGUACACAGUAUCUCAACUCACUUUCCAGAGCUCUCAUGAACAUGGCCAAGUGGAGAGGAGAAAGACGAAGCCUUUCACCUUCAGAUUUCUGGAGUGACCAGGAAUGGGACGCUGAUCCGGGCCGUAGAUCUUUCCGACACAGUCUUAGGUCUCUAAGUCCCCUCGCUCUCUCGGAUCUUGACUUUUGGGAUAGGAGAUCUGGUUUUAAAGCUCGGAAAUCUCCAGCAUGGAGUUGUAUGGGCUUACCUGGAUCGACUCUACGCUCAAAAAUCAGCACCAGCACUCUUGACAGCCAGAAGCUCAAGGGCUCUCUAGGCAUGACGAGAUCUGCAUCUCGUUUGGCUCCAGAGGGAGCUCCACGAUCACACUCUUCUGCUGAGGACUUUGAGCUCAGAGCUGCCCUGGAGGAAAGCAGCAUGAGGAGGGCAGAGCUCGUCCAGAGGCUAAGAGAGGCCAAAGGUCACUUGGACACUCAGACAGACCUUCUGAAAUCCAAAGGGUCUCAGCUUCAACAAAGCCAGAGCAUCUCAAACAUUCUGGAGAUGAAGCACAAGCAGCUGUCUGAAGCAGUGAGUGCUCUUGAACAAGACAAGGAAGCUGCAGAGCUGAGUCGCUUUGAGGAGAGCCGCCGUCGAGGCGAAUUACAUGACAAAGUUCUUCAGCUUGAGAUGGACAUUUUGAAGAUGAGAUCGAACCUGGAGAGAAGGACUCCACCCACAUCACCAAACCCACUCAACAGAACUCUGCCUGCUACAAAAGACGAAACCCUCAGAGAGGGACAGAGGCAGGUUGAGAAGGAGAUAAAGAAGCUCAGAGAAGCUCUCAGAAAGGCAGAGGAGAGAAUAGACGACCUGGAAUAUGAGAAAGACAGUGCGCUGAGACAGCUCCACUCCUCUGCAGAGGGUAAGCAAGCAGCAAUAAAGCAAGCAGAAGAGCUGGAACAAAGACUGAGCAGCUCCGUCCGGACCCAGGCAGAGCUAGAGGACCAGCUGAAUGAGUCCCGCGGCCGCCUGGGGCAAAUGGAGCUGGAAAAAGACCUGUUUUCCACUAAGACACGGAGACUAGAAGACAAUCUGAAUGACUUAAAGGUCAAACUAUCUGGAGCUUUAAUGGACAAAGACCGUCUUGUCCAGGAGAAAGCAGAGCUUCAUCAGAGGAUUCAGACUCUGGAUCUGCAGUUGCAGAGGGAACAGAGGAGCAAACAGGGCUUCAAUGAGCAGGUGUGUGAGCUCCAUUCUGAGAUUUCUCAAGCUAAGAGCCAGGCCAGCAAACAGAAGAUGGAAACCAUGUUCAUGAAGGAGGAGCUGCUUUCCAUUAAAGAGUUAAACGAAAAGCUGUCGUCUGAUCUGACCAAGGCUAAAGAGAGGCUACAGGUGACCCUUAACCAGCUACACGAGCUGGAGGCACAGAAAAUGAUCCAAACUAAUCAGAUUGCAGCACUGGAGACUGAGCGCUUGCAGCUAAUUGGAGAGAAAGAGGAACUGAAGAAAACGUUUGAUGAUGGACUUCACGAGAAGAUUAGAGAGCUGGGGGAGAAAUGCUGCCAACACAGGGAACCGCAGGGCAAUUUUGAGCAAGAAAAUCAGACUCUGCAAAUAAAAUGUCAAGACCUGGAAAAAAAAGUCCAAAUCUUGGAGGCGGAGUAUAAGCAAAAAGAGGAGGAGCAUCAGCAUAUGAGGGCGGCGUUUGAGAAGGAGAAGGAGGAGUUAAGGAAAGUGGCCGCUCACUGGAACGAGAGGUGGCUGGAUGUGGCGAUGACAUUAUGCUCGACACAAGCAGAACUUGAUGAGCUCAAGAGUCAACAGCAAGAGAAUGACAAACGAGAGGCUGAUGUUUUGCCACUAGAUGACUGCAGGCAACAGAUAGAGCCUGAGAGGGACAGAGGCCAUGUGCAGCAGAGACUCAUGGGUAGCUCUGUGUCUCUUGAAGACAUGGAUGGAGAGUUAGUGCAGGUGAAGGCGGAGCUGCUGAAGGUGAAGGACAUGCUGAAAAUCAGAGACACUGAGCUGGAGGAGCAGCUACAGGAGCUGCAGUCUUCUCGCACUCAGGUAUCACAACAGAGUGGUAAAGUCCAGAGGAUGGAGCAGCAACUGAUAGAGAGAGAUCAAGAAAUUAAAGAGAAGGAUCAAGAUCUGAAGAACCUGGAGAUACAGAGGAUAACAGAGAAAGCAGAGGCUCAGAUCAAGAUAUCCGCCCUGGAGCAGGAGAUUUUUGAUCAUAAAGAGCAGCAGUCGAGAGAGGAAGUGGUCAGUGAAUGCAGUCCUGAGGACUUAGAGUCACUGAAGGCACUGCUAGAAGAAAGCAAGAAGCGAGCUGAAAGGCUUGAGCAGGAGAGAGACCAAGCCUUACAACAACUGUACGAUCUUAGUCUUCCCCAUCAGGGUAAAGCAGAGAAAGAAUCUCCACCAGAGAACAAAAAACAGAAACCUGCUGGUUCAGACGUUGUAGAUCCUAACCAACAGAGGAGGCUGGUCACUGAGCAGCUGAAAAGUCUGUUCAGAGAGAGAGAGCAGCAUGGAGAAAGGUCUCCAGUGUUCCCAAGAAGACCUGGCUUGGUCGAUAGCGGGGUCCAAAAUGCUACAAGUAUUAAGAACAGGAAUGCUGUUGACACAUUAAACCAUCAGGAAAAACAAACACAGAAACUGCAGCAAGAUCUCCAGCAGGGGGCAGCAAAGGGGUCUUCAUCCCAGAUCUCAGUCUCUCAGGGGGGAUCAAAGAGGUCUGAGAGAGGGGAGGAGCAGAAACAGCCAACCAACCAGAAGCACCACAACAAGACAGCCCAGCUAAAGUAAUAUCUCCUCAACCAAACUUACAACAGGACAAAUCUCCCCUGGGCUGCAAGGAUGGAACAUUCCUUGCAAGGCAGGUUGAGGUUUGUAACUCAGAUUCGGAAGAUACGGAAGGAUCCAUUUGAGGAGAAGGAAAGGGGAGCUAUUGCAAAGAUUCAUACUGCACUGAUAGCUUUGCUAAAUGCACCUUAAUUUCCAUACAGCAUAGUUAAGCUAUUAAAAAUGACACUAAUAUUCAUAA